UUUAAAAUAAGAAUAUCAAGUGGAGCGGCAAGGAAUUGUUUGUCCCAGUGGCGAGUUUUGAGUUUCGUCUGAUUUUCCGUAUCGUGUUGUCACUGUACUAAUAAUCGCGAGGUUGAGUGGACGCGCACAGAAUCUAUUAUUAUUUGUAACGUGAAAAUGUGGCUUCAUCAAUUCUACUAUAAUCUUAUAUACUUAUUAAUAAUUUUACAAUGCGCAAGCACAGACGAUCAGCUAUCACCAUGGAAAUGGGUCUGCGAGGAUGGCAAAUGUGUGAAGACCAUGAAUGAUCCCAAAAGCAAAGAGCCAGCGCUCUGCUUGGAGGCCUGCAAAAUGUUUUGCAAUGAUAACGGACUUUUAUGGCCGAAGCCAACUGGACAAGUGGAGCUGGGAAACUUUUUAUCAAAAAUAAACGUGCACAAUAUUAAAGUGGAAAUAGAUAGACAUGGAAGGUCUGAUGAUUUAAUGGACGCGGCGGGAAGGAGAUUCCAAAACCUGGUAUCCAUUGGUAUACCAUCAGGAACGACUCCGAAGGCAUCCGGAAAGUCUGUUACUAUUUAUCUAGUCAAUGAGAAUCCAGAUAUGAAAGAAUUUUCUCUGGACAUGGAUGAGAGUUAUACCAUCCGUGCAUCAGCGGUGUCCAACGAUAAGAUUAAUGCCACGAUAACUGGUAAUAACUUCUUCGGAGUGAGGAAUGGACUGGAGACUCUCUCGCAAUUGUUCCUGUUCGACGAUAUAAGGAACCAUCUUGUGAUGGUACGUGAUAUUUAUAUAACUGACAAGCCAGUGUAUCCGUACAGAGGUAUCCUUUUGGAUACAGCGAGAAAUUACAUCACCGUCGAUUCUAUUAAAGCUACUAUUGACGCAAUGGCAGCUGUGAAACUGAACACAUUCCACUGGCACAUCACGGACAGCCAGAGCUUCCCCUUCGUGUCUCAGAGGAGGCCUAACCUCACUAAAUAUGGCGCCUAUAGCCCGAGCAAGGUGUACAGCCGCUCUGCGAUGGAGGAGGUGGUGCAGUUCGGGCUGGAGCGCGGCGUGCGCGUGCUGCCCGAGUUCGAUGCGCCCGCGCACGUCGGCGAGGGCUGGCAGGACACCGGCCUCACUGUGUGCUUCAAGGCGGAGCCGUGGGCGUCUAUCUGCGUGGAGCCGCCGUGCGGGCAGCUCAACCCCGUGCGGGACGAGCUGUACGACGUGCUCGCCGACAUCUAUGCGGAUAUGGCUGACGUAUUCAACCCGGAUAUGUUCCACAUGGGGGGUGACGAAGUGAGCGAGAGAUGCUGGAACACCUCGCAGGAGAUCCAGCAGUUCAUGAUCCAGAACCGCUGGGAUCUGGACAAGACGUCGUUCCUGAAACUCUGGAACUAUUUCCAGACCAAGGCUCAGGAUAAGGCCUAUAAGGCUUUCGGCAGGCGGUUGCCGCUGAUCCUGUGGACGAGCACGCUCACCGACUACACGCACAUCGACAACUUCCUCAACAAGGACGACUAUAUAAUACAGGUGUGGACAACAGGUGUAGACCCUCAGAUCAAGGGUCUCCUGGGCAAGGGCUACCGCCUCAUCAUGUCCAACUACGAUGCACUGUACCUGGACUGUGGGUAUGGAGCCUGGGUCGGAACUGGAAACAACUGGUGUUCUCCAUACAUCGGCUGGCAGAAGGUUUACGACAACAGUCCCAAAGCAAUGGCCGCGCAGUAUCAGGAUCAGAUCCUCGGUGGUGAAGCGGCGCUAUGGUCGGAGCAGGCGGACUCGUCGACGCUGGACGCGCGCCUGUGGCCGCGCGCCGCCGCGCUCGCCGAGCGGCUGUGGGCCGAGCCGGCCCACGGCUGGGCCGCUGCUGAGCGCCGGAUACUGCACGUUCGAGAGCGUCUAACGCGUAUGGGAAUCAAAGCGGAGUCACUUGAACCGGAGUGGUGCUAUCAGAAUGAGGGGUACUGUUAUUAAUUAUCUGUGAUCUAUAAUUGUCUGUGGUGUUAUAAAUAUGGCGGGAAUUACUAAUGUCACUUGUAUUAAAUUGUUAUUUGGUACCUAGUUGCAUAAAACUGUCUAUAAUACUUUAAUUGGUCAUUUAUCAAUUUAGGUUAUAUAAUAAGACUUUCGUUAUGCCAAAUGAAUCAAUAUUUUUUUCUAACGUUGACAUUAUGAUUCCCACAUAUUUUAAUAACAAUUUUUGAAGUCUAGAAUUAUACAUUAAGAUAAUAUAUUUUAUGACUUAUUCAAUGUUUAAGUACCUAAAAUCAAUAUUCGCAAUAAAAUUAGAACAGGCAUUUAUGUAAUAGAUUGUAAAAUACUCACACUUAUAAUGACGUACAACACAUUUCUUAUGUAUUGCAUGAAGACUUUUGCAUAUUUUUAAAUGCUGUUAAUAUGCCUUAUUGGCAUCGGAAUAAAGUUUAAUAUUGAUAUAAAACAUUAAAAUAUAUUUAAGAAACGAAAAGUGUUAAAAGCAUUUGACAUUGCGCUCUGUAAUUCCUUAUGAGAUUAUAUUUUAUUUAGAUAUUAAAAUUUUAU